UAAUCAUAAUCGGAAUCACACGCUGACGCGCCCCAAUAUUUUUCUCUUCACUAUUCCCAUGAAUCCGGCGAAUAACUGUUCUUUUCUCCGCGAUUGCCCAAAUAUUUAGACAGUUACUCAGCGACAGAGGAAAAAUUGAGUGGCAGUGAAAGCGUAGGAAAAGUUUGGGCGUGAAUUGCCGCGUAUUGUGGGUAUUGUGAAAGAGUGGUGGAACGUUGAGAACAAAAGACCGGAACUGAGCCUGCAGAAUGGCACAGCGGCAGGAUUCGAUGCAGGAUUGGGGUCAGCAGCGUUUGCAUCAGGAGUCCAUUCCCCUGGAUCGCCUCGACAGCGUGACGAGCACUGGCGAGGAGACCGGAGAUCGACGCAAGGCGCGGAAUAUCUUCAACAAUUUGGAUCGCGAUGGGGAUGGAUAUCUCAACAUUGACGAGUUGAAGCACCUGAUCCGCAGUCACCAGUGCCGAGAGAUGCCGCGCGGUGUGGCCAGGAGAGUUAUGGAGAUUGGGGACACGAAUGGGGACGGGAGGCUGGACUUUGAGGAGUUCUACCAGCUCUCCCGGACGCACAAGUGGAUGUUGAAGCCCUUGGUGGUGCGCUACUGUCAGAUGGUCGUUCCCUCUCCGCAUAGAACACCAGAAGACGCAAUAGGUGGGCCCGGUUGUUUACAAAUCACGUCUAUUUUGGGCUUGCUGAUUUAUCUUCUUGCAGAUGGCCAGUACGAGCGGAGUAUGACCUUCUGCCCACCGCCUCUGACCAUGGUGAUCUUCUCCCUGGUCGAAAUCAUCAUGUUCCUCAUCGAUGUCGUUCAUCUGAGGGACUACACAAACGAUGUGAAUCAAAUAGGUCAGAGCACUAAAGGGCCCGCCGCCACCCUCUUCAUUUACAACCCCAUGCGACGCUUCGAAGCCUGGAGAUUUGCCACCUACAUGUUCGUCCACAUUGGGAUCAUGCAUUUGAUGAUGAAUCUACUCGUGCAAAUCUUCCUGGGCAUCGCCCUCGAGCUCGUGCACUGCUGGUGGCGAAUUGCUUUGGUCUACUUGGCGGGAGUUGUGGCUGGCUCCAUGUCUGUCUCCCUGGCAACGCCCACGGUGUACUUGGCGGGCGCUUCGGGUGGUGUUUACGCCCUCAUCACUGCCCACAUCGCCACAAUCAUUAUGAAUUGGAAUGAGAUGGAGUACGCAAUCAUUCAACUUCUCGUUUUCCUAAUCUACAUCAUUACAGACAUCGGAGCGGCUCUUUAUCGCCAAUUCAGCGACAUUCACGAUCGCGUCUCGUACACUUCGCACAUUGGCGGGGCCGUGGCGGGACUGCUGGUGGGCAUUGGGGUGCUGCGCAACCUCAAGGUGCGCCCGUGGGAGAAGAAGCUCUGGUGGGCAGCUGUGGUCACGUACAUUCUACUGAUGGGCUCCGGAAUUUGCGUUCACAUCUUUGUGCCCGAUCAUUUCAUGGAUCAGAACGCUUUCGUCUGAAACUCAUGCAUUUAUUCGCACCUCUUUCAUACCGCCAUGAGAUUGAGAAACGCACCCAGAGAGCAAUGUUGACGAAUUGAAUUGAGUAUUCGAGCAUUUUUACCUGUAUUUUUAUAAAUGAUUUUGUGAGGAAACUUUACGGAAUAAGCGCCAACGCCUCUUGUAUUACUAUUUUAUAGCGAGUAUUUAAUGUAGCUUUAUGACAAAGUGUCCUUAAUGUUCGCGUGAAUAUCAAUCACAAUGAUGAAAGUGUACUUAAAAGUAUUUUCUGGCAAAAAAAAGACAUUGUACAAUUUGAAAAUUACAUAAAAUUUUUAUUCUCUGUCGAGUAAUGCUUUAAAAUACAAUGUCACUGGUUUUGUACAAUUCAUAUCGAUAUAUUUUUGUAGUAAAAAAUAUAUUAUUUCAAUAUAAAUUUGCCAAAAUGUGAAAAAGACGUUCAAUAUAAAUCUUAGCUUUACAUCCUUUCAUUUCCUUGGGAACGAAAAUAAAAUAAUUAUAGACGAAAUAAUAAUCUGCUCAGAGCAUUUUAUCAAGCUUCCUGUGGUUUUGUGUCAUGAUUUUUUUUCAAUUACAGUAAAAUUGUACAAAUCAAAUGAUAUUGUACCGUAAAUAUACUAUUUUUGUUAAAUUUAUACAUUAAAUAAAAAUUCUCUCUAAGUAA